GGUUUCAAAAAGGUUGGUGACCCCUGCUGUAGGAGUACGUGAAAUGUUCAUUAAAAAGUAUCCACAGAGCAAUUGAAAAUGUGAGGCGGACCCGUAUCACCAGACCACUCCUUGCUGUCAAGACGCGCUUCCGUGUUUACACUCUCGCCAAAAAAAAACCCCACAGAGCGGCGGCUCUGGAGCGAAUGUUUACCGAGCACGCAUCGAGUCACACUGGAGCCUCGCUGCAUGGUAACAACACAGGUGACCGGCUACCGCGGUUAGAUUUUAUACCGUAAUGUUCACUCGAAAGGGUCAUGGAGACGUCAAGAAAUCUACACAGAAAGUUUUGGACACAAAGAAGGAUGUUCUGACUCGGCUGAAGCACCUGCGCUCGCUGUUAGAUAUCAUUGACAAGAGUGAGCUGAAGCCUUUCUUCGAGAACAACUGUUCACAGAUUUAUUUUAUAUUUUAUGAAAAUUUCAUUACACUGGAAAGUAACUUAAAGCAAAAAGGGAUCAAAUCUCAACGGGAGGAGCUGGACUCCAUCCUCUUUAUUUUUGAAAAAAUUCUGCAACUUCUGCCGGAGAAAAUCUACAACCGAUGGCAGUUUCACAGUAUAGGUUCAAUUCUGAAAAAGCUUCUACACACUGGAAAUUCAUUCAAGAUCCGAUGUGAAGGGAUUCGUCUCUUCUUGCUGUGGCUGCAGGCCCUGAGAGACAACUGUGCUGAGGAGCAGUUUCUUAUCUUUGCCUGUCUGGUACCAGGUUUUCCUGCAGUGCCCUCAUCCAGAGGGCCUUGCACCCUUGACACCAUCAUAUACAACCCCUUCUCUAACCCUCCUGACGCCAAGGUGGUGCCAGAAGAGAUCACCCCCCUUGUUCCUGCUGGGGUCGGUGAAAAGGUAGCAGAUGACCAGACUUGUUACAUUCUUGAAACCCUGCUCAAGUUCAUGGUGAUCCAGGCAUCCAGUUUAGAGUGGAGGAACAGAGAGAACCAGGAAACGGGCUUCCGAUUUCUCUUCAGCCUGUUCAAGAAGUACUACCUUCCACAUAUCUUCCCCUCCUUCACUAAACUCACUAAUCUCUACAAGCCUUUAUUAGGGUUGCGGGGGGUGCUGGAGCCAAUCACAGAUGCAUUUGGGCAGAAAGUGGGGUUCACCAUGGACAUGUCCCCACCUCAUGGCAGGGCCAGCACAGAUAGACAACAUUCACACCUUCCACAUCAUAGACCAAAACCCCUGUAUGUACCAGUGACAAGGAACAAUGAGAGCACCUUCUGCACCAGGGACCAGUACCUGGCGCCUCGUGUGGCCUUCAUCACUUGGCUAGUCACCUUCUUUUUGAAGAAGAAGUAUGUCAGUAGUGCUGUGCCAGCUCCAAGCACCAAGAACGGCACCGAAGUCCUUCCCAAACUCAUCCAGACUGUCACUGCAGGCAGUAGCAGCCAGGAGAAGGAAAAGGAGAAGAUUUUAGACACCGAUACGAAUGGAACUGCGGGGGAGACUGAGAAGAGCCAUUCCAACAGCAGCACUCUAUCAGACCGACGGGCCAGUGAUUCCAGUUUAUGUAGCAUCGAGGAGGAGCACCGCUAUGUCUAUGACAUGGUGCAUGCCAUCCUACUAUCAACCAGGGACAAUGUGAAUUUUGUAAACGAGGUCUUCCACCAGGCUUUUUUGUUACCGUCGUGUGAGGCAUCGGCAACCAGAAAGGUGAUCAAAGUGUACCGAACGUGGCUACUGCAGGAAAAGCCCAGCUUUAUGAAAGAGCCUGAGAGAAUUAUGGAGGAGGAUGAAAUGGAUGAUGGCACUGAACAGAUAAUUAGUGCAGAAAAUAACAACAUGGAAGCACAGACACUGGAGAGUCGUGGCCACAAGCGGUCGUCGAGCUGGGGGAGGACCUACUCUUUCAGCAGUGCCAUCAGUCGAGGCUUCUUCACUGAGGAGCAAAACAGGGACAUCAAGGCAGGCUUCCAGCCCACACUACAGGUAUUCCUGACCAACUCUUCCAAUGUGUUCCUGCUGGAGCCGUGCCAGGAUGUACCUAAGCUUCUGGAAAAUCAAGUUGAGGUGUGCAAGUGUGUGCUAAGCAUCUACCGACACAUGAUCAUGGAGCACACAAUGGACUCACAGACAUGGGAGCAGCUGUUGCAGGUGCUACUGAGAAUCACUGAAGCUGUGAUGAAGAGACCUUUAGAAAACCAAAGGAAAGACAGCUUUGCUGAAAGUUUGGCAUCUAUACUUUUUCGGACUAUCAUUGUGGCGUGGGUGCGAGCCAAUCUCUGCGUAUACAUCUCACGGGAGCUGUGGGAUGAGCUGCUAACUAUGUUGUCAUCACUGACGUACUGGGAGGAGCUGGUGACAGAGUGGGCCAGCAUCAUGGAUUCUCUUACAGCUGUGCUGGCCCGCUCCGUUUAUGGCCUGGACAUGGCCAACCUGCCGCUGGACAAACUCAGUGAACAGAAGGAGAAGAAGCAGCGAGCACGUGGAGUGUUCCCGUCUUCCCAGAAGGCAACAGCAGUGGCGCGGUCCUUCUCACUAAGUUGGAGAAACCAAGGGGAAGCGGGCGGGUCAGGAGUUCAGGAACCAAUGAGAAUUCGCUCUGCCACCACAUCUGGUGACCCGGGUGUGGAGAAGGCCCGCAACAUUGUCCGACAGAAGGCUUCUGCUAAGCGAAGCCAGUCCAUCAGCAACUGUGUUCACCUAUGCGAGGCUAUGCCCACAACUAAAAGUGUUCCUAUGCUGCUCCACACUGUGAGCUCUUUCUUGCCUGGUAACUCUGCUUGCUCUCACAGACUCUCAGAUGUAGAGGAGUGUCAGCUUUCGGAAUGUGGGGAGGAGCUAGGAGGAGGAGAGAGCCCACUCCUCCGCAGCAGCAGCACCUCAGACAUAACCGAGCAACUCUCUGAUACAUUACAAGCCCAAAAGAGAGAGAACUCGCCUACUUCCUGUGGUUCUGAAAGCAGAUCUUCUGAAGAGAGAAGAGAGAAUAUUGAGCCUCCAAUGAUCCUGAUCCGGCGAAGCAGCAGUCCAGCUGAGACGGAAAACCUUUCUGAGAGUUACCAGUACACAAGGGCAAAGCUCCGAGAGAAAAGCGAAAGUAUAAGUAGCGAGACGUCCAAUGGCUACCUGAAUGAAGCAGAGGUUACAUGGCAGGCCUUUGAGGGGGAGGCUGACAGUCAGUCCACUCAGUCAACCCAUAUGGACGUGAUCGCUGACCCGCAAAGCCAGAGGAGUCUGCUGCUUAGUCACCAUGAAGCUCUAGCAGGUCCUGAGUGUGCUCUCCCUUCCCACUCUAUACCCCCACCCGAACACCACUACCACUACCCUCAGAACCCCCCCGCCUCCCCAGCUCUCAUGGUGCACACUGAGUGCCCGCAGGAUCGCCCCGUGGAUGACAACAUGCAUCAGUCUGUGUUACAUAUGCCACACCACUUGGACAGCAGCGAGUGCCUGGCUGAUGAUGUCAGCAUAAUUGCUGGUGGGACCCUGACAGGAUGGCACGCUGACUCGGCCUUCGUCCUCUGGAGGAGGAUUUUAGGUAUACUUGGAGAUGUGAACAACAUCCGAUGUCCCAAAAUCCAUGCCAAGGUCUUUUCGUAUCUUUAUGAACUCUGGAAAAAACUUGCCAAGAUCCGAGACAACCUUGGAAUUAGCGUGGACAACCAAUCAUCUCCUCCCCAGCCUGCCUUCAUUCCUCCCCUCCGUAUGCUCGCCUCAUGGCUCUUCAGGGCCACCAUGCUUCCAUCAGAAUACAAGGCAGGAAAACUGCAGGCCUACAAGUUGAUAUGUGAGAUGAUGACCAGGCACCAGGAUGUCCUCCCAAACAGUGACUUCCUGGUGCACCUUUAUCACGUCGUGCACCAGGGUUUGACAAGCGAUGAUCAGGAUGCUUUAAACACCAUUAUCCGUUACUGCACUCCACGAUUCUUCUUCCUUGGCCUGCCGGGUUUCACAAUGCUGAUUGGAGAUUUCAUCACUGCUGCUGCCCGCGUCCUCAGUUGUGACUCUUCAGAGGCUCCCAGGAUGGAGGCUCAGACAAUUCUUGGCUCUUUAGUAUGUUUUCCCAAUAUUUACGUCAAUAUUCCAGUCCUGCGAAGUGUAGCUGGUUCUGAUGACAUUGCUGUAGGAAAUGAGGACAUCAAGGAUUAUCUUGUCAACAUCCUCCUUGAGGCCGCAACAAAGGAACACUGUGAAGGGGCUCGGUGUAUUGCUGUGUGCAGUCUGGGCCUGUGGGUGUGCGAGGAGCUGAUGCAAGAAAAAAUUCAUGACCAGGUGAAAGAUGCCAUCAAUGUCCUGGGAGUAACACUUAAGUUUGGAAACAAAGCCGUGGCUCAGGUAGCCUGUGACGUGUUUCGGUUGCUUAUCUCUCACUGGGAACCUCUCCGAAAUUUGGAUCCCACUGUUCCAAAGAAAAUUAUUGAGAUAUUUGUGGCCACAAUAGCCUUUUUGUUGCCAAGCGCAGAGCACUCAACAGUGGAAGCGGACAAAAAGUUGAUGGUGUCCCUGCUGUUAUGUCUUUUGGACUGGUGCAUGGCUCUUCCCUUGAGUCUGCUGUUUGAACCUAUUACCAUGUCUUUACUGGAGGACAACACAUCCCACAAAGCCCCAAUUCUGGACUACAUAUACAGGGUGCUGCACUGCUGUGUGUCAGGCUCCACGCUCCACACUCAGCAAAGCCACUACCUCCUCAGCCUGGCAGACUUGUCCACGGACUACGACCUCAUGUUGGGACAAGUUAAGAGCUUUGAGCCACCACCCUCCCAGCCGACAACCACAGACUUUGGCAGCUUGCUCACCGUAGCAGAGGAAAAGCGUCGACGCAGCAUGGAGCUGAUUCCCCUGACAGCAAGGAUGGUCAUGACACAUCUGGUAAAUCAUUUGGGCCAUCAUCCUCUGAGUGGAGGCCCUGCCCUCCUUCACAGUCUAGUGAGUGAAAAUCACGACAAUCCAUACGUGGAGUCAUCCGAGAUGUCCUCAGAGGUCUUCAAAAGCCCCAAUUUGCAGCUAUUUGUUUUCAAUGACACCACACUAGUGUCCUACCUGCAGAUUCCUGCUGAGUCCCCCUCUGUCGGACACCCAACCCCUCACCGGUCCUCCCAGGUGCGCAUCAUUGUGCGUGACAUUUCAGGCAAAUACGCGUGGGAUGGGUCGAUUCUGUUUGCAACCACUCAGGAAGACUCUGAUCAUACUGGAGUUUUUAAUUCAGUGGAUCAUACAUUUUUGCCAUCUACUACUCCCCUACACAGCAAAACAUUGCCCAGUUCUCCAACAAGAGGGCGGUCCAAGUAUCAUUCCUCAGUCUCAGAUUCCCUCUCCGACUCAAGCGAUGUAGAAGAGGUGGAUGUCCUUGAUAAACUUUUAGAGGAACUUGGCCAGGCCAGCCCAGAAUGCCUGCCCCAGUCUCAUUUCAAACUAAACCAGCCAGCCCCGUCACCCUUAGGCAUGAACCUAGAGCUAGAGGACGCCAUCCUUGGUGCCAUUCUCCGCCAGACUCAACAGGAGGAAGAGCAGGUGCGAAGGUGGGACUCUGAUGUUAGCUUUCAGGCUGCCGGCAUGAGGGAGCCGUCCCACCAGGAACCCAAAGCACCUUUUUAUUUUUGUCGAUUGCUGCUUAAUGAUCUUGGAAUGAACUCCUGGGACCGAAGGAAAAGUUUCCAUUUGCUGAAGAAGAACUCCAAAUUGUUAAGGGAACUAAAGAACUUGGAUUCCAGACAGUGUCGAGAAACGCACAAGAUCGCUGUGUUCUAUAUUGGUGAGGGCCAAGAAGACAAGUGCUCCAUCCUGUCUAACAGUGCCGGCAGCAAGGACUAUGAAGACUUUGUAUCCGGGCUCGGAUGGGAGGUGGACCUAGCCACACACUGUGGCUUCAUGGGCGGCCUCCAGCGGAAUGGCAGCACAGGCCUAACUGCUCCAUACCAUGCUACCUCCACUGUGGAAGCCAUCUUCCACGUCUCUACGCGCAUGCCAUCUGAUUCUGAUGACUGCCUCACCAAAAAGCUGCGUCACCUUGGAAAUGACGAGGUACACAUCGUGUGGUCAGAGCACACCAGAGACUACCGGCGUGGCAUCAUUCCAACUGACUUUGGAGACGUGCUUAUUGUCAUCUACCCAAUGAAGAACCACAUGUUUUUUAUCCAGAUCAUGAAGAAACCGCAGGUUCCCUUCUUUGGGCCUCUAUUUAAUGGUGCCAUCAUCAAUGGGAAGCUACUGCCAAGCUUAGUGCGGGCCACUUGCAUCAAUGCCAGCAGAGCUGUCAAGUCCCGAUUGACUCUCUACCAGAGUUUCUACGAAGAAAGGGCGCUCUACUUGGAGGCCAUUGUCCAGAAUCACAGAGAGGUCAUGACAUUUGAAGACUUUGCCUCGCAGGUGUUCUCUCCCUCCCCAGGCUAUACAACAAGUGGGACAGGUUCCCUCUCCAGCAGCACAAACACCGAAGUCUCCGCCACCACUGCAUCAUCGACAGACCCUGUUGACCAGGUUUCUCCCAGCAUGCCCCGCGCCGCAAGGAACCGAGUUUCUGGAAAACUUCGCAGAUCGGCGAGUGCAAUAAGCAAAUCGUCCAAUUAAAUGUUCAAGUGCGGCAUUGUAAUUCUUGAAGAGCGGCGACUGCAAGAGCUUGGUAGUUUGUUUGUUUUUAAUCUCACGCAUAACUAGAGGGCGAUGCAAUGUUUAAUUUAAGUGUCGAUUUGUUUGGGCAUUCCCUCUAAGACCAACAGCCUUGUGUUCAGCCACUUUGACGGUUGUGUCUUAUGGAAAUAUGAGAAGUGUCUUUUUUCUUUUCUUUUUUUUAGUCUUGUCUCCUCUAAUGCAUUGGGGGAAGAGCACUUUCUUGGAAAUGGGACUCCUUUAUUGCUACUCUUAAUGUAACAGCACUGAUGACAUAGAUCAGCUUGUCUUUCAUUUAUAAACCAAUCCGCUUCGCUCUUUUGCUUUUUUGCAUUCGUGUCAAACGUGCCCCUUGUGCUAAGUGGGGCCCUCGGCACCAGCUGCCAACAAGUGAAGUAGCAGCACACGCAGUUUUUAAAGACCGAGUGGGCAAUCGGUGACAUCUUUCUAACUUGAGUGGAACUGAAAAGUUUGCUGGGAUUCUUUUUUUCCUUUUUUUAACCACUCUAAAUUUCCUUUUUAAACGAAUUCAAAUAGAUUUUGUCAUGAUUUGAUUUAUGCAACUAUGCUGGAAUGAGAAAAGACUGCGUUUGUAAUUGCAUUGUGAUGUUGUUAACAUAGGCUCGUGUCCGGUAAUUGAAUAAGUCCCUCCUGUCUCUUUCCUCCUCGAUUAGUUUCCCUGUCCUCUGACAUCGACAUUCCAACAUUCCGGCCAUUGAUUUUUUUUUCUUUCUUUUUUUUUUCUGUGCACUCUUUCUUCUUCCCUAUAUGAAUUUAAUUUCCCCCUUGUGUUUCUUUAGUGUAAAUAGAGAGUCGUAUUUUAUGAAUUAUUGUUGAUGUUGUGUUGGUGUGUAUUGUAAAGCUACUGCAAGAGCCUCAGGUGAAUCUUAGCACCAAGCACUGAUGAGUGUGUUUGUGUGUGAGACAUUUUCUCCCAGUGCCUGUGUAACGUCUUGUCCUCCGUGUGAGACAAAACACGGUCGCCCUUUUGUCACGACUGUGUUUGCAUCCCCUGUGACCCCACAACAAAAACAACAGCAGAUGGAUUUCCAAUGGCGGGGUUCUCUUAAUUGUAGGUGCUGCGCUUUUCCCUAUUUGUCUUCACCUGUGAACGGAAUCAAGUGGCUCCGUCUCCUCCCCAUUCCCAUGAUCCCCUUUCCCCCCGACUCGCCGCCAGGUUGAGUUUGACUCGGGAUGCCUGAGGUGAGCUCCCACAACUCUCCUAGCAACGGCCAAGCUGGCAAUCUCGCCUCUCCCCAAGCAGCUCACGUUGCCAUGGCAGCCAGGUGAUUCCCCCACAUACAUACAUAGGUGCCCUCUGAGGACUUCGGCCCUGACUGCAACCUCAUCCCCAUGUGGUCGCAUUAAGAUGCCUUACUUUUCCACUGCUUCUCCUCGCUCGUCUCACCUGUUGUGUUUGCUCAUGUGGGAUGCAAACAGCAGCUACACAAUGUUUGUGCGUCUUCUGUUUGGAAGAAUGUCUACACUGUAAAAAUGUUCAUUGUAAAUUCACAGCAUAUUACUGGCUAAUAAUUGUGUUACUUUCUCAGUAGCAUUUAUGUAAUGUACUGUGAAAGCACAGUUAAUUGCUGUGAAUAGAAGGGUGAUUUUUUUACAGGCUUGUGUUGUAAUGUUGCAGUGACUUGAUUACAGCAUUUUAUUGUGGAAUAAGGGUAUCAUCAUUUUUGCAGUCGUGUUGUAAUGUUAUGGUAACUUCUGAUUACAGUAUUUUACUGUGAAAUAAGGGCAUCGUAAUUUUUACAAUCAUGUUGCGGGACAAGCGGUAGAAAAUGGAUGGAUGGAUGGUGUUGUAAUGUUACAGUAACUUUUAAUUGCGGUAUUUUCCUGUGAAAAUAACAGUUAAUUGCUGUGAAAUACAAGGUUAUUGUAAUUUUUACAGUCAUGUGUCGCAAUCUUCCAGUAACUUUUGAUUACAAUGCUGUGGGGGAAAAAAUACUAUAAAUCAUGAUACAUUUUUACAGUGUACAGUAGAUGUCGGUCACAUUAAGAGUUUUUAUUCCACUUGAAUCUAAGAUUGUAGCAAAGUGAUGAUGCCUGUGCACUAUAGUCAUUACAGGUGGACCAAGAUUAAAGCAAAUGUCUUUUGUGAUUAAAUUGAUUGGAGGUUAGUUCUCCUUUUUAGCCUUCCUUGUACAUCGCGUCAAAUUUGAACUUUAAUAUAAAUAUAUGAACGCUUGUAAUAUUAUCUUUUUUAUACAUACAAGAGAGAGCAGGGAUUUCCAAGGGGAAAAAAAGUGAAGGGAUUUCAGCAUCAACAUAUCAAAUUGUUUUUAACGGCUUGCUACCUUUAUUAGAAAUGUAAACAUUGGAACAUUUCAUUAAAUGCAGUUUUAAAUUGUA